UUGGGUCAAAGGUCAAGGUCAAGGUCACGAAAAGGUCAAAAACGUUUUUCUUUGCCAAGCACUAUAUGCCAGAACAACGUGUGCAUGCUGAAUUGAAUAAGAGAUCAAGACUGGGCCAAAAAUGUAAUAUUACGAUAUUCCGGUCCGAUUUAAAUGAAACUAACACCAAAAUUUGGAGAAUGUUAUGCCCCACACUCUGAGGAUGGCCAGAAAAAAAUAAGUGGCGUAGGCAAAGGUUUGCGCUCUACCGAGUGCCUGUUCUAGUUGUAUAUGUUUGUACAGGUAUGUCUUGUUUCCAACAUGAUGGAAAGGAUUUACGCUUUUACAUGUCAUCCCUUGGAUACCCAUUGUCUUUGCCAUAUCCACAAAUAAACCAAACCAAACCAAAAAGAAACUGUAAAUUUUUAGACCUACCGUAACAUCACAACAUUUUCACAUUGUUCUCUCUGUUUCAGGAUGACUAAAUGCAGGACAAUAUCCACUCUGUUACUUGGGGCUGUCAUAUUCCUUCAUGUGGCGAAAGGCACUCAUCAAUGCAUUAUAGACCAGCACUUGGCAUUCUGCAGUUCAAAGUCUCUAACUCAAGUGCCACAACUGCCAUCCCGUGUGACACAUGUGGACCUGAGUUUGAACCGCAUCAGUCACCUCUCUGAGGACUCUUUUAAGGGAAUGGAAAGCCUUGUGUAUCUCGACCUCGGCUCACAGCGUUUGGAACGACUCUUCAUUAAGAAUAAUGCUUUCAGAGGAUUGCAGAACCUCACGUAUCUUCACUUAGGAGGCAACAGGAACAUCCACAUAGAGGAGGAUGGUUUUCAGGGACUAACUAAUCUCAGGACUCUUAUUUUGUUGACUUGUGAUUUAGAUAAGAGCAUUCUCUCUGGUAGAUACCUGCAACCUCUGGUAUCCCUUCAGGAGCUUGAUCUCUUUGGCAACAAAAUAAAGAGCUUUGAACCAGCCAUGUUCUUCCAGAAUAUGACAGCUCUCAGUAAAGUAGAUCUUUCCCUGAACCGUGUAAAAUUUAUUUGUGAAGAAGAUUUGGCUGGUUUUCAGAAUAAACAUUUUCAGUUACUGAGUUUGUCCUCGACUGGCCUUGAUGACAUGAAUCAGUGGGGAUUUAACUGGACACAAUGCGGAAACCCCUUCAAGAGCAUGUCCUUCGACACCCUGGAUCUAUCACUAACUGGGCUGAAUACAAUUGAAGCAAAGCUGUUCUUUACAGCAACCGAGGGCACCAUGAUCAACAAUCUAGAUCUCAGCUCAAACACCAUGGGCGCGGGAUUUGGAACCAGGAACAUAGAGGACCCGGACCUACUCACAUUCAGGGCUUUAGCAUCUAGCGGCAUUCAAACCAUGGACCUCUCCAAAACCUUCAUCAGCAUUGUAAAAAGCUAUGUGUUCAAGUGGUUCAGUGACCUGGUGAUCUUGUCUUUGGCCGGAAGUAAGAUUAGCCAGUUUGAGAGGGGUGCGUUCACCGGACUCACAAACCUUCAAAAACUGAACCUCUCAGAUAACCUCAUUGGAGCGAUUUACUCGUACACGUUUCAAAAUUUGCCCAACCUUUUGGUGCUAGACCUGACAAAUAACCAUAUUGGCGCUGUUCAGUACGACUCUUUCUCAGGGUUGUUCAAUUUGAUUGCAUUGGAUCUCACUGGGAACGCUCUCUCCUCAGUGUACCAAUUUGCCACCUUGCCCAAUCUCUUAGACUUACACCUUGAUGACAACAAAAUCAAUUCAGAAUAUCAACUGGAGGAUAUUGCAAGCAACGUGUUGCGAAUCAGACUGAAUAGCAAUCGACGGGUACAUUUGGAGGUCCUGUAUAAAAUACUGUCCAAAUGCUCUAACAUUAUUGAACUUGACUUGUCAGAGAAUGUCAUGCCCUACUGCAAUAUCAAUUCAGAAUAUUCAAUACCAUCUAGUAACAACUUACAAAGGCUGUACCUAAACAACACUGGCCUGAAGUUUGUCUGGGAAAGAGGAUCAUGUUUGAAUAUUUUUGAUCAACUUCAUAGCCUGUCAGUUCUUUCACUUCGUGGGAAUUUACUGCAGUUCCUACCAAACGGAAUUUUCAAAGGCCUAACUUCCCUACAUGAUUUGGACCUGUCCUACAACUCCUUUACCCAUCUUCCACGUGGUUCCUUCCCAGCAAGCCUUAGGUGGCUGAGCCUUGCCCACAACUCUCUGGGAACCCCAGAUCCAGAGCUCUUCCAGACCCUCAGCUUCCUUGACCUGAACAGCAACCUUUUCCUCUGCGACUGUGACCUGUUAGAGUUCCAGACGUGGCUCAACCACACCAAUGCCACGCUGUUCCCCAGCUAUUCCCAAAUGCAGUGCAGCUUUCCGGAAGCACUGCGAGGAGUGUCGCUCUCCAACUUCAGCAGGGAUGUACAAGCCUGCGAGAAGGAUGACGAGCAGCAAGUGCAGGAGCUGCGGCUCUUGCUGUUCAUUGGCUGCACCACCGUAGUUAUGGUUACCAUUCUCCUCAACAUCAUCUAUGGCCGUUUCCGUGGACGUGUCUUCAUGCUGUACAAGAAGCUGAGAGCUCAGGUCAUUGAAGGACUGCCCAAGGAGCCUUUGCCUGAGAACCACCAGUACGAUGUCUACCUGUGCUUCACAGAGAGUGACUUCACCUGGGUGGAGGCGGCCCUGUUGAAGAGGCUGGACUCUGAGUUCACCAAGCAGAACCAAAAGGGUUGGCAGCAAAAUGAGAACCAGAAUGAGAAUGAGAUUGAGAACGGGCACCGAUUCCGCUGCUGCUUCGAGGCCCGCGACUUCCUGCCCGGCGAGGACCAUCUCAGCAACAUCCGCAGCGCCGUGUGGGGUAGCCGCAAGACACUGUGCGUGGUCUCCCCGUCAUUCCUGAGGGACGGCUGGUGCCUGGAGGCCUUGGCCAUCGCCCAGAGCCGCAUGCUGGAGGAGCUGCGCGACCUGCUGCUGGUGCUGGUGGUGGGGCCCAUACCCUACUUCCGCCUCAUGAGGGUCCAGGCCAUCAGGGCCGUCCUGAAGGACAGGGAGUACCUGACGUGGCCCGAGGACAGCCAGGACCUGGAGUGGUUCUUCCACCGGCUCGUGGGGAAGAUCGCCAAGAACUCAAAGGUCAAGGGUCAGCAGGGAAACGGGGGCGGGACAGAUGUGGCGUUGCAGGUCGUCAGGCAGGUCCAGACGUGAUAAGACUUGAUAGCUACUAUGAUCCGUAUUUACUUUCAAACUUAACUCUCUCUUUGUCUCUAGCCUUGUCUGUCUGUAUUUCAGGACAGAAUUGAAAGGGGUUGUAAUGAUGAUGGAGUAGCAGGUAGUCAGACAGACUCAGAUGCGAUUUCUGAAGUGCCUUUCUUUGCAAGUUGAUGAGCCACUUAUGGUACAGUGCAUUAAAAAAACAUUACAGGGUGAAAAAAACACUUGGUGUUACCGAAAAACCCCAGGUAGUCCGGCAGGAACACACUUCAUAGACGGAUAUGUGUGUACUCUUUACAGCUCUCUAUGUCUCUAGCAUUCUCCAUCUCUGGGGGAAGGUGAAAGGGGGAUGGGACAGAUGUGGAGUUGCAGGUUGUCAGGCAGGCUCAAGCGCGAUUUCCUUAGUGCCUUUCCUUGCUAGUUGAUGAACCACUUGAAAUGACUUAAAGGUAGAACGUGUAUUUUUCUUGAAGUAGCCCAUUUCCACAAUAUAUGCUGCCCAUUCACAAAGGCAAUCUUUUUAGUAUUUUAGUAGUAAUAAAAAGUAUUGUCCACCACCAUCUAUGUUUAAGUAUUCAUUAUAUAAUUAUAUACAGUACAUAAAACUAGAAAUGCACUCAGAGAGUGCAGACCUCCAACAAGGAAGCUGUUUGUUAGAACAUUUAACUACGUUACACCGAUUUUUAUUUGAAGUCUUUCUGCCUCUUUUUGUGGAGCUAGAAACUGUCAAUGUCAAUAUUCACCCUGUCUCACAAUUCAAUUUUCAGUAACUAGUGGCGUCUAGCUUUGUAGGCUAGAAGAAUCUUUGGUGAAGGUGAAGGUGAAGAAUCUUUUUAAAAAUACUGGUUCCGGUUCGUGAUCUGGAUCACCACCAAAAUUUAAGCAAUUGUUCAUUGGUCAUUUCCAACAACUACACAAAGUUUCACCCAAAUCAGUUCACAAGUUUUUGAGUUAUCCUGCAGACAAACAGACAGACAAACCCACACGACCAAAAACAUAUGCUCCUUGCCAGAGGUAAAGAUGGAUCUUCUCCAUGUCUGCCAUUUUGAAUUUCCAGAAAUAGACAGCAUUAGCUCCAAGAUGCACUGUACUUUGGUCUGACCAGUACAUACUGGUUUAUCACUUAGCAGAUUACUUGGUAGUAAUAGUUAUUACUGUAAAUUAGGAAUAAAGGUGCAAUGCGCAUGCAUACUCUGACCACAAUCCUGCAUACUCUACCUUUAAUAAAGGGAAAUAAUUCACUCUGGUCAUAACACGGUAAAAUGGAUUUCUGUAAUGUGCCCUUUUAUAGUGUGAUCCUGAUGUAGGCUACACCUACUGUAAUCUGUUCACAAUUGUGUGUCUUUGUCAUAUGUCAUAUUUUGAUCAAUUCCCGAGUUUAAAUCAAAGAGUAAUUUAACUUAAUGCAAAAUGUGGGAACUUUUGACUAUUGACUUUUGUGUCCUCUUUCAAAAGUUGAAUGAAUGUACAAAUGCAAGAUAAGUGAACUGUUUGAAUGUACUGUAUGUGUGAAUGUGAUCUAGGAAUAGGCUGAUUUUUGAGGAUGUUUUGCAAUGUGUUAUGUAUAAAUAGAGCUGUUAGUUUUUGUUUA